ACAAAGCGGCUGUGUUUUGUUAUUGUUAGCCGACUGACUGCUGGCUGGCCACUCCUCCUGCUCGUACACAGCGCAGUAUCCCCGACACCGGGCUACAGUCGGACAGGCCGCACGCCGCGCAGCGCCCUCACUGACCUUCACGUGCCAGAGAGUCGUACGAGUGGCGAAGUAGUUCAGCAGCCGUAGCGCGACAGAGCCAUGCGUUUGAUUAUAUUGGAAGACGCCAGCGUGGUGGCGGACUGGGCGGCGCGCUUCGUGCUGCAGCGCAUCACGCAGUUCGCGCCCGGGCCCGGCCGACACUUCGUGCUGGGGCUGCCCACCGGGGGCACGCCGCUCGGCAUGUACCGCCGCCUCAUCGACUUCUACAAGGAGGGGCGCAUCUCCUUCAAGUACGUCACCACCUUCAACAUGGACGAGUACGUCGGUCUGCCGCGCGACCACCCGGAGUCGUAUCACUACUACAUGUGGAACGAGUUCUUCAAGCACGUGGACAUCGAGCCCAGCAACGCGCACGUGCUGGACGGGAACGCGCCCGACCUCGUGGCCGAGUGCAAGCGGUUCGAGGACCUCAUCGCGGCCGCCGGCGGCGUGCACCUCUUCAUCGGAGGCAUCGGGCCGGACGGACACAUCGCGUUCAACGAGCCCGGCUCCUCGCUCGUGUCGCGGACGCGCGUCAAGACGCUGGCCUACGACACGCUCGAGGCCAACAAGCGCUUCUUCGGCAAUGAUAUCAGCAAAGUGCCGCGCCAGGCACUCACUGUCGGCGUCGGGACUGUCAUGGAUGCUAAAGAGGUGAUGAUACUGAUCACGGGCGCGCACAAGUCGCUGGCGCUGGCCAAGGCGGUGGAGGAGGGCGUGAACCACAUGUGGACCGUGUCGGCCUUCCAGCAGCACGCGCAGGCGCUGUUCGUGUGCGACGAGGACGCCACGCUCGAGCUGCGCGUCAAGACCGUCAAGUACUUCAAGGCGCUGAGCGAGGAGCACCAGCGGAUGAUCGCCGGCGUGCCCGUGCACGAGCAGCGUGUGCUGCACUGACCGCCGGCGUGCCCGUGCACGAGCAGCGUGUGCUGCACUGACCGCCGGCGUGCCCGUGCACGAGCAGCGUGUGCUGCACUGACCGCCGGCGUGCCCGUGCACGAGCAGCGUGUGCUGCACUGACCGCCGGCGUGCCCGUGCACGAGCAGCGUGUGCUGCACUGACCGCCGGCGUGCCCGUGCACGAGCAGCGUGUGCUGCACUGACCGCCCGCACCGCCUGCACUGCGCCGCGACACCGCCGCACCGUACUCGUCACGCGUAACUUAUAUACAUACACACCACAUAGGCACUAUUACACUUUAAAAGUUAUCGUAUACUUACAGAAUACGAUAAAACUUCAUAACUUUCGUGCCUUAUCUGGUCGAAUUAAGAUUGAUGAGCCGCAGUAGCGGUGCAGUAAGUAGUGUCGCGGUGCAGUAGCGGUGCAGUAGUGGUGCAGUAGUGCCGCGCUAGUAACGUGUGGCGGUUG